AUGGAGCGUUGGCUGCGGUGUUGCGCCACGUUCUGUGUCGGCAUGACAUUGGAGUGGAGUGUGCUGAUGGCGAGCCAGCAGGCAAAGGGCGCCGGCGCCCUCGCGGCGGCGUACGCGGUCGGCCUGGUGUCGGGGUGGCUGCUCAGCACCUACGCGCGCAGCAGCCUGGAGGACGCGCUGACGAGGCUGCAGGCCAAG